UGUUUGGGCUUCACACAGAGUCCGGAGUCACCCCAGCUCCUGAUCAGCUGUCUCUACGGCUCAGAGAACAGAGAAAUAGAGAGGGGAGAGAGAGGCAGAGGACAGGCAGAGUAAAGAGAAAUAGAAAGAACAGAGUGAGAAAAUAAAGAAAGCAGUGUGGUGACAGGAUAGAGAGAUUACAGAAAGAGAGCUAAACAAGAGAACUUCGAUAGAACAGAGAGAAAUAGAAAUAGAGCAGAGAAAUGGAGAGAGGGAGAGAGAGAAAAACCGUGUUUCUCCGGCUGACUGUCUGCAUCAUCCUCCAGUGUCUGGUCAACUGUGUUACAGUUUCAGCGAAGCUGACCCUCACUCCACCAAAUGGGAACGUCGCACUGGGAGGCAGCAGUACUUUCAUCUGCAAAGUGGAUAAGGGAGAUCCUGACUCCAUUCUCUGGUACAUUAAUGACAAUGAGGUGGAGGAAGAUGACCACAUCCACAUUGAAACGACUGAAUUCCAAUCCCAGUUGAAGAUCAUCAAUGCCGAUCCGGAGGUGAACGGGAUUUACCGGUGCAUGGCCAGUCUGGAUAAUGGCGAAGAACUGCAGAAAUCCAUCACCAUCAGUGUUAUACAGGACCCCAAGUUCGAAAAUACACUCCCCGUCCAGGAGUUUGAAGGGGGAUCAGAUGCGGCUGUUCUUUGCCAUGUGGUUGGAAUUCCGAAUCCCAUUGUGUCCUGGGAAUAUCAUCAGGAGAUUGUCCAGUCAGAGCGUUACAGUAUCCUGUCCGAUGGGACUCUGGUGAUCAAACACAUCCGGGCGUCCGAUGCAGGAACGUACCAGUGCAUUGGAAGCAUCACAGAGAGAUCAGUGAGGAGAUCUUUGCCAAUCACAGUCAAAGUCAAGUACGUCCCCACAUUUGAAUCUUCUGAACCGCAGGUCCUGUACAGCUGGUUAGGAAACCCCGUCAACAUCUCCUGCACCGUCCGGGCUUAUCCCGAGCCAAACAUCACCUGGAGCCGGAACAGUUUGGAUCUUGGAGACAUUGGACUUAUCUCCAAACACUCAACAGACAUCAGGAGUGUCCUGCAGGUGCCAGUGAGAUCAGCAGAGGAAUUCUCAGAGUACCGGUGCACAGCAAGUAACGCUCAGGGCUCGGCUUCUCACACCGUGCAGCUGAGGGAGGGAGGGUUUCCGGGCAUCCCGCGGCAGCUGAGGGCGGAGCCACACUCCACCACUGUCCGGGUGGCCUUCGACCCGCCCAGGGAGGACAGCGGCAUCCCCGUCCUGGGAUACUGGCUGGAGUGGAGGCCGGACUCCAGCUGGGAAUGGAACCGGGCACGAAUCGACAACGAAUCCUACCUCGUCACUGGAUUGCAGCCCUACACUCCGUACCAGUUCCGCGUGUCCGCCAUCAACGGCAGAGGCGACGGCAAUUAUUCCGACAUCGUUUCGGCCAGGACGCUCUCGAGCCGUGAGUGGAUUCCAGCAGAAAUGUCCGCGG